UCAAAUUACAAGUUUUGAUUGUUUGUAGGUAUACACGCUUAUUGGAUAUCUGGUUUUACAUUGUUUCCACUUAAAGUAUGGUUAAAAUUCUGUUUAAAAAUAUCACACAGCUUAUUUCAUGGUCGGAGCCGAUAUUAAUUUGAUUAAAAUUUAAAAAUGGCCGAAUUAACUGAAGAAGAAGAAACGCAUCUGAGAGAAGUUUACGAUGAAUUAAGCGGGGAAGAAACUGGGGGAUUAAAAAUUGAUAAGCUGUUAGAAAUGGCUCAAAUAUUUGGACUGAAUUUGUCUAGAAAGGAAGUGCAGGACAAACUUGAUGAAUUCGACAGCGAUCAAGAUGGGGAUUUGGAUUUUGAGGAGCUGAAAAGAUUAGUCGCCGGGCUAUAUAGAAAUAGAGAGGAAAGGCAUGAAGAUAUUAUGAACGCAGUUAAAACCAUUCUACAGAACUUGGAGUUAAAUGAUGACGACUGCCUAACUAAGGAACAGUUUGAACAGUUUCUAAUGGAAAGGGGUGAUGACCCAUUGUCUCCAGAAGAUUUAACUGAAAUAUUUACCUCCCUUGAUAAAGAUGGUGAUGCGGUAAUUUCGGCUGAAGAAAUAGCUUCUUUAUUCGUGGAGUGACUUGAACAGUUCAUUUUAUCCAGUUCAAACCUUCAUUCAAAUUAAAUUUUCAUGAACAGUGCAUGAUACUCACUUUAAUUAAUAAAAUUGAGAGACUUAUGAAAAAAGUUUCAAAGGAUUUUACGUAAUCUUAGUUGUGGUACAAUACAUGUAUUAUUGUGUUUGUAAUAAAUGUUUGGUGAAUAAAUUGUUUUAUAAUUUAA